CCAGAAUCUAAUAUGAAGGAAUGACCCCUUUUGGGGACAUUGCCAUUCUUAUGGCAGAAGAAAGAGAUGGCUCUUAGAAGAUAACAUGUAUCACUUUUGCUUUACGCAAGACACAUGACCAAGCCUACCAUCAUGGAGCCUUAGUAUCCACCUACAUCAUGAUGUAUAAAUUGAUGUGUAUACAUGAGUCAUAGAAACUUAGAGGUCAUCUCACUCACUCUUCAAAGUUUGUGGAUGAGGAGUCUCAGGCCUAGGAAGGGAAAAUUAUUUUCUUGUUGUCACCUAAGUGCUUUGGGGCAUAUCUCUGAUUAAAAAACUCCCUCCAGUAGGAUUCACCAUUUUAUCUGUAUCAUACAGUACAGAUAAGAAGAAAGAUGGGAUAGCUAAACUACAUUACAAGUCCUUUAUAUAUAUACCAAAGCAAAACACAUGCCAAAAGUAACUACAUUUUACCAACACAUUAAAAUUAAUGCUCCUGACUGAUGUAUUCUAUCUAUACUCAGCAAAGUACUACUAUAGAGAAGAAAUAGAAGUUAUUUCUGUUUGUUAUUUGUCCCUUUUCUACUUUGCAAUAGACAGGGAUAGUGGCUUUAGGUUUAAUUAAAGGAAUAAACUCACAGUGUUUAUUUCAUCUCUAAUUCUUUCUUCAUAUUAUUUUCAUGCAGUGAAUGGAGAUAACUUCUGACUUCUAUCAGCUGCUUAUACAUUCAUUUAUUAACCUAGUUAUUCAAGUACUUACUAAAUGUAAGGAUUUGAUUCUAACUGCCGUGGUGGAUACAAUGAAGAGAUGUAUACGUACUUAAAACUAUAAUACAAAGCAGCGUGGCAAGUGCCAAAGAAUAUAUAGUAAGUAGAGCUAUGUUCUAAUAGCUCUUUUAUCAGAAACCAUAAGACCAGAAGUAGAAAUAAUAUUUAAAUAUAUUCCCAGAUACCAGACAGUUUUAAUACAAAUACCUUAGCAUCUGCAUAAUUACUUGCACAGGGUAGAUGACCAACACAUGUCUCAUGAAUUGAACUGAAGCUAAAUAUACCGGAAAAAAUACCAAUGCGGGUUGAAAAGAAGGGAAGUAAGGUGAGCAGAGAUUGAGCUACACUUGAGACUAAAGAAGAGGUCCUGUCAAUGAUUAGAAAAGAGACAAAGCAGCAUGGAGGGAAGGACUUAUGUCAUCUGGUCCCAGAUAGUGGAGCAAACUAGUCUGUAAGAGACACAGGUGCCAGCAUUCUUGGAGGCUCUAUGGACGGGAGAUCCGGCCUGAGAAGUCUCCUAAAGAGAACAAGAUUGUGGGCACGAGAGGAAGUCCCCCCAGUGUCUCGUUUCCAAAUUACUCUGAAAUCAGACAUCUUUCUCAGGCUUUCUUUUAGGGCUUUCAGUUGAGUCCGCUUAAUAUAAUUCUAGGGUUGGCUGUCCCCACCCCUCCUUAGAAUCUUUCUACCUGCUCACAGGCGACUAGAAUUACAAGCAGAAAACCCCCAAGUAGAAAAAUGUUUUAAAUUCAGAUAAAUAUCUAACUACAGUAUGAUACAAAUGAGCUUAAGCUUCAUAUAAUCAGCCAGUAAAUACACAUGAAUAAUAAAUUACUAGAUUUUUCCCAGAUUUGUCAGAUUUUAUUCCAGGCAGUUUUCAGAUAAGAAGCCUUGGAGAACCUGAAGAAGGGUAAAGGCUACAGAUGGAAGGAUCUGAGGAAAGUAAAAUUUACAUUCCUCACCUCUUUGACCUGGGUGACAAAAAUUGUGAAUUAAGAUAUUUGGUCACGUAACUGUAAAGAUAGCUUUGGUUUCAUAAAGUUCUUGUCUUAUGUUUGUUUUUUGUCUUUUUAAACCAGGAAAGUUCUCUGGGAACUUAACUGAAAUAUCACAGAAGCAUUAGUUCCAGUCCCUAUUUUCAACAUUGGUAUAGUGUAUUUUGUUUUUCUCAGUGUGGUACAUGGAAUAAAAUUGAUGGACUGUAAAGUCUAUUGUAUUUGAAAGAUUAACCUACAUAAGUCAGAAUUUCAAAAACUUGAAAAAUAUCCAAUAAAAAUUGCUUUGACAAUUUUUGAGGAGCAAACAUUUUAUGAUCUAAAAUACUUAAUGUGUAACUGUCAUUGUUGCAUCUGACACAGAUUGUGUCAUGAUUACAGGAAGGAUCUGCUGAAAUGAUUAUAUGAUCAGAGACUACUAGAUCUGUAGGCUCAGUAGUAGAUAACUGUAGUGGGGUUUUUUUGUUGUUCUUUUUUUUUUUUUUUUUUUUUUCUGCUUAGCAUCAGAAGCCCCUCCUCUUGUUUGGGAAACAGAAAGCAUUUGUGAAUCUGUGGGUUGAAGUUCAAAAAGCCUGACUCUUUUCCUUAUUCCUUCCUUAUUCCAAGACAGGCAUAUGACCUAAGUUGGGUCAAUUGAAUAUCCUUGCCAUAGCUGUGAGUAAGGAGUCGUGUUACUAGGAAGGAAUAAAAGAUUUGAAUUAGUGGGCUUCGAUUGCCCCAUUGUGUCAGGGUCCAAGUGUCCAGCAGCAGUGGUCCCUUAACCAGGCUGUACCUUUGGCCAUGGAUCUGGCUAUGUGCUCUCCCUAGGUUGCCAAGCUAUCUGGUAACCAUCCAGGGAUUUUUUUUUCUACCUAAGGACACCACAAACCGUUUCAGUUUUUGCCUAACUGAUACCAUCACUGUUUAGAGUCAUGGGAAAACCCUAACUAGCCUAAGGAUGCUGCAAGGCCAAUUUAUGGGCUCUGCAGUUUCCUAAGUAAUGAUGAAGAGCCACGAAGGCUAAGCUCCAGGAGGGAAGAGUCACCUAGCUUGAUGACUGUGGUAUACUCAGCUCCUAGCUCAGGGCCCUAGAACACAGAUUCCGUAAAUUUUUAUUUGAUUCUGACCUGAAUGAAUAAAAUAGUAACACCCACCUCUAGACCUCCUCAACAUCUAUUUAAAAUUUUGGGAUCCUGUCUGCUUUUAGUGUAGAUUUUCCUUAGGAAGGAACAGAACUCAAAAAAAGAUGACACUAAGUUUUUAAAAUCAAAUAAGUAGGAGGCUGUUUUUCCAGUGGCAGAAAUGAAGUCAGGAGUAAAGAUUAGGUUUCUGCUGUGAUAAACUGAACCUGUUAAAUGCUAUGACUUUGACAUUUCGUAACUGUAGGUUAAACCGUUAUGUCACUCAUUAGAUAGCUCUGUAUUUGUUUGAAAAGUACAAGAGUCCCUCCUACUGGACUUUGAUCUAGCAGAAACAACUAUUACCUAACAACCUCAGACCAUCACUGGAACACCUGUAUGAAGAACGUUCUUUAGUUUAUUUAAAUGGUUUUGCAUAUGUAAUUUAUUUAAGCCUUCAAAAUGAUUAGAAAACUUUUUAUGGUCCUGCUUUUGUCGUCUGUGACUCUUGGGGAGGCAAGGAAAUCGUUUCUCAGUUUUCUGAACAUAGAAAAGACUGAAAUACUAUUUUUCACAAAGACUGAAGAAACUGUCGCUGUAAGGUCAAGUUACAGAGGUCAACAGCCAAACUCCAGCUACCUCUUUGUGCAACUAGAAGAUCCUAAAAUGCUCCAAGUGGUGAAUGUGACUAAGACCUUAUCAGAUGUUACCAACUUUACCAUAAACCUGGUGACAGAUGAAGACGGGGAGACAAAUCUGACCAUUCAAUUGUGGGAUUCUGAAGGUAGGCAAGAAAGACUCAUUGAAGAUAUAAAGAAUGUCAAAGUCAGAGUGCUCAAACAAAGACAAGACAGUCUUUUCCAGACAUCAAACCUUAUUGAUAGAAAUAUCCUUAUGCUUUUUCCGCCAAUGAUACUGUUAAAUAAAUGUGCGUUUGGUUGUAAGAUUGAAUUACAGGUGUUUCAUACAAUAUGGAAGAGACCUUUGCCAAUCAUUCUUGGGGCAGUUAUACAGUUUUUUCUUAUGCCAUUUUGUGGAUUCCUUUUGACGCAGAUUUUGGCAUUGCCUGAAGCACAGGCUUUUGGAUUUGUAAUGACCUGUACCUGCCCAGGAGGGGGUGGGGGCUAUCUGUUCGCUCUGCUUCUAGAAGGAGAUGUCACUUUGGCCAUUUUGACGACUUGCACAUCAACGUUAUUGGCCCUGAUAAUGAUGCCUGCCAAUUCGUACAUAUACAGUAGGAUGUUAGGGUUAUCAGGUACUUUGCAUAUUCCUGUUUCUAAAAUUAUGUCAACACCCCUUUUCGUACUUAUACCUAUAUCAGUGGGAAUAAUCAUCAAGCGUAGACUACCUGAAAAAGCAAACUUCCUGGAGAGGAUCAUUAGGCCUCUGAGUUUUAUUUUAAUGUUUGUAGGGAUUUAUUUGACUUUCAGAAUGGGAUUAAUGUUUCUAAAAACAGUGAACCUAGAGGUGCUUCUAUUGGGUGUCUUAGUUCCUGCUUUGGGUUUGUCGUUUGGGUACUUUUUUGCUAAAAUGUCUAUGCUGCCUCUUCCUGUUUGUAAAACUGUUGCUAUCGAAGGUGGGGUACUGAAUAGUUUCUUAGCCCUUGCUAUUAUUCAGCUUUCUUUUUCACGGCCCAAUGCAGACUUGGCUUCUGUGGCUCCUUUCACAGUGGCCAUGUGUUCUGGAUGUGAAAUUUUACUGAUCCUUCUGUUCUACAAGGCUAAGAAAAGAUGUAUCCUUAUCAUAGAAGAGAAAAGAAAGAAAAACCCCCGGUCUAACAGUUAAAGCUUUACUGAAUUUUCCUACUCUGAAUGAGGUACUGUGGGAGAUUCAAAGAAUAUCUGAAAUGAUGCCUGCUCUCAACUCACUUAUGAUCUGAUUGAAAACUUGACAUUAGGGGAGAAAUAUAUACAUACAUAUAAUCAUAUGUGCUAAACACCAAUGAAUAGUACAGACAGUUAAAUGUACAGGAAUUCGGAGGAAGGAGACUACUUUUCAACUCUGUUGGCUUGGAACUGUUCUAUAGAGUUGGAUUUGAAUAUAAUAAUUUAUUAUGGUCUCUUGAACAGGAAAGAACAAUAAAAAAAAAAAAGUCCUCCUAUAGUGAUUAUGAUAUAUCCCAAGUAUUUAUGGAAGGGCUGCCCUUCCAUAAUAGGCAUUUGGUAAAUGCUCACACAGUGAAUGAAUAUGUAAAUUCAUAUUUGGAAUCAAUGUCUUAAACUAAAUAUAGCAUUUCUGCUCUCAUAAUUGUACUUCCUCCUGUCGUCCACGUCUCCCACUAAAGACGUUACCAUUUACCCUGAAGCACAGGGUCAUCUCUUCCCCCUCUUCUCCUUUCUUCCCUCUUCUUUUUACAGGUAAUUUCCUGUAAUAUCUUUUUAUCAGUCUCCUCUCUAUUCCCAGUACUACCACUUUUGUUCUGCCCUAGAUUGCUGCUUCCCUAAACCUUUCUUACCUGGCUUUUGGCCUCUCUGUCAGCUCUCCAAGCACU